AUGUCCGAACAUGGUUUUGCGAAUAUGUCGAGUCGCAAGUCCAAUAUUAGUACUCUGGUCAUCGGGUCCUACGUCUUCGACUGGUUGAUACUCAUCGCCGUCGGCGUCGUCGGAGUCGUGCUGGGUAACGUCACUCCGAAUAAGAGACCCUUUAGCUUACAAGACCCCAAUAUAUCUUUCCCUUACACCGUUCACGAGACCGUAUCGUCCGCCCUCCUUUUGACCUGCAAUGCCGCCAUCCCCGUCGCCGUUAUCCUGAUAGUCGUUAUGAUAUUUGUGCCUGGACCUACUGUUCCCAAAGGCACACCGAAAUCCUUAAUUUGGAAGCGGAAGCUCUGGGAGCUACAUACGGGAUGGCUAGGCUUAGCUCUUUCAUUAAUAUCGGCUUGGAUCAUUACGCAAGGGAUGAAGAAUCUCUUUGGAAAGCCGCGACCGGAUCUCCUAUCCCGAUGCCAGCCAGAUCUCGAGAACUUCCGGAAAUAUAUUGUUGGCUUUAACACGCCCUCGGACGACGGUUCGCCGAACGGCCCCUACAACGGUCAAUUAGUUAGCGGAGAUAUUUGCAAGAAUCCGGACAGUUCCUUGCUCGACGAUGGUUUCCGCAGCUAUCCCUCGGGACACGCUAGUUCAUCGGCCGCAGGUUUGAUUUAUCUUUCGUUCUUCCUGGCAAGCAAGUUCGCUAUCACGCUCCCGUUUGUUCCGGAGGGGACGCCAUCCGCCGACACGGGUCUUGUAACCGCCUUCCCAUCCCGACUACGCAGUGACGGUCUCGACACGUCCUACGAAGCUGUACGACAGGCCGCGCAAAAUAACGAAAGCAUCGAAAGAUCCGUGUCUCCUGCUGGCCGAGCAGAAGCAAAACAGAUCGGAGCCCACAAUUCAGCCGUCUUAUCUGUUCGCAGACAAGCUGCCGCGCCUCCCGUAUAUCUGCUCCUUUUAACCGUUCUUCCCUUUUUCACCGCCAUCUUCAUCGCCAGUUCGCGUUGGUUCGACUUCCGACACCACGGAUUCGAUAUUCUCUUCGGGUUCAUGAUCGGCACCAUUACGGCCUGGUUUGCGUUCCGCUAUUACCAUCUUCCAAUCAGGUCGGGCGCAGGGUGGGCCUGGGGCCCACGCAGUCACGAUAAGGCGUUUUGGGCGGGCUUGGGGUCGUGGAGUUACGCGACGGAUAGGAAGCACUGGGUCCGGCCCGGGGACGAGGCAGAAGGAGUGCCGGGUCACCGCGCGGACGAUAUCGAGUUAGGUGUGCGGUAUAGAUCGAAAGCGGACGCUCCAUCACAUGCGGAAAGCUCGGAGACUGCUGCUAUGGAAGCAGAGCGAAUUUGA